GUUAUUUCAGAUGUAGAAAUGGGUUCAGUACGGGGAGAGCAGACACAGCAGAAGAUGACUGGAUCUGAUGAAAUGGAAAGUUGUAAAACCGGUUUCCUGUUCCAAGAUUCAUGGCAGCUCUCUGAUAACAUUUCAGUCAGAUAUGCAAUCAGAUACAAAGAAGAGAGAGGAUUGAACAGUGUUGCUGAAUUGGAAGAUGUUUUCAUAGAUUUAGAGGAUUGUCUCAACCUACUCACAAUAUAUCAGGUAACAGGGUGUCCCACAAAACACAUACAGUUGCUAGGAUCCAUUUAUCUUUCUAAUUUGAUGCUUUAUAAUUCCCUUUCUUUAAUUUUUAUUUGCCACUUUUUAAAAUUUCAGGGAUGUAAGGCUCAACAAAGAGAGCUGAAGUAUUGUCCUCUAAUUCAGUUUGUUUAUCAAGCAGCUCUUCUCUCACGAGGAAAUAUAGAAUCACAGGUUUUCCAGGGUAUCCUAAAAUACCUUGUACGUAAUCUUGUACCCGGAAAUAAACCCAACCCUCUCCUCCAGUAUUCGGAGGUGGACCUGGAGCAAACCAAACCUAGGGAUGGGGGAAGGAGGAAAAGAAGGAAGGUUGUGGAGGUGGAAACUGAUCUUUGGUCUCCGGAAGAAGAUUUGGAACAAGGGUGUGAAAAAAGGCUAAGGAUGGAUAAAGAUAAUAACAUUGUUAAAGACGAAGAUGGAGAUAUUAUUAAAAACGAACCACAGGUUGAACUACUCUUGGAGGAUAUUGGGGGUGAUUGGGAGAACCUGAGCUCUAGUGAGGAAGAGAUAAAGAAGAAACCCAGGGUUAGCUCUGGUAGAAAUGUGUCCUGUGACCUCUGUAGUUCUCAAUUUAAAACUCAAAGUUCUCUCCAUAAUCACAAGCUGAGGAAGCAUUCUGACUCCUUGACUAAAUCUCAAGUUAAACCCAAGCCAAAGAAACGCGGAAUUUCCACGUGUAAGAUUUGCGGAGAAAUGUUGAGUGGGUUGAGCAGUGAACGGAAACAUUACGCCCAACAUCAUCCAGACUGUACUACGGACAAAUCCUCUCAACAAAAUCGACAGACUAAUAGCAAUAUAGAAGAGGAUAACCAAGACGAGAAGAAUAUUGAAGGUUCAUGUAAGGAGUGUGGAAAAGUAUUUGCUACAGUCAAGCAUCUGUUUAAUCACUGUAAAAGAGAGCAUCCUGAUCUCCCGGAGAUAUGUCCGGUUGAACCCGUCCGACUAGGACCUAUUAGGACCUUACACGAGAGAUUGAAUGACCAAGGAGAUCUAAGAGAUCAAUUUCAAUGUGGACUGCAGGGGUGUAACCUUACAUUUGAAAGGUUUCUGAGUUUAGUUGACCAUGAGAGAACUGGUCACCCUGACUCCUAUAUUUGUAUACUCUGUGGUCUUGCCUGUUUCUCAGCUGAUAUGUUAAUAACCCACAGUGAUAAUAAUCAUGGACAGAAGUCAACUUAUAUUUGUAGAGUUUGCGGAUUUUUCAACAGAAAUUCGCGGGGUUUAAUGAUCCACACUCAGCAAGAGCAUAUGAAGGGUACAGUGUUGUAUCAAUGUGAAAAAUGCGCUUAUACAUCAGAGAACUAUGUAACAUUUGGCAAUCAUAAACGAACUGCUCAUCUGGAAGAUAAUUCUAAAUUUGUCUGUGAGGAAUGUGGAAAUAACUUUGCCACAAAACAGCCAUUAACCGACUAUAGAGAGAAACCAUUUUCAUGUAAUCUUUGUGGAGCUACUUUUGGGUCUCAGACGGCUAGUAUAAGACACAGGCGUGUAGUGCAUGCUGAAGAAAGUGAGAUGGCCUUCCAGUGCGCUGAUUGUGGAAAAAAAUAUCCUUCCAGGGCUAAACAAGAUUUUGAGAAUCAUUGUAAAACACAUUCAGGUGUGCGCGACCAUGUUUGUGAACUGUGUGGGAGCGCGUACUUCUCUAAGAAAGGUUUAAGAAAGCAUGAGCGUGCCUCCCACCCCGCUCAGAAACCAAGUAAACCAAAACCCUUCAAGAUCGGAGAAGAUAUCCAUGUUCAGCCCGGAGCGGAGAGAAGGGGACUGGAGCUCCAUGAGCUGAACAGAGCAGGGUUGGCUCAACAAGAGUUUUUAAAUCUUGAAGCCAGGCAUUUUACGCUGGCAGGUCUAGAGCCCCGGGAGCAGUCUGGUGUAGGGAUACUGGGAGCUAAUCAUCUUCAUGAGAGUAAACACGGAGCUCUAGGUGUACAUGCAAUAGGUGUUCAGGGUUUAAACACUCAGGUUGGGAGGGAGGAAGGGUUCACAUUGCACCGUGGAGGAGUAGAAGGAGGUAGAGAGGGAGAUAUGAAUCUACAAAUGGUUUAUGGAUCAGGGUUGAAUAGAACAGGAGGAGAUUCCAGGCUAACACAGUUCUUCUCUCCGCUUGCAAACCAGAACUAAUUGAAGUAACCGAGUUUAUGCCACAAACUCAAAUUUUCUAAUCCCUACAUCUUGCAACCUGAUGGUGCAAACAUAUGAUAUUUUAAACUUUGACUUUUUGAUCUAACAGAAUUUACAGUUUGAAAUAUCCAAGGUUUACGAUAUCGGGUUUUCACUCUCCUCAGAAACUAAUUUUGUAUUUCAUAUUUAUAAAUAUAUUUAUAUUCAACCUGAUGGUAUAAAGUGUAAACCUUUGUUAUAUCAAGCAUGUAUUAUUUGAUCUAUGCAGAAGUCUUAGUUUGAAACAUACGGUUUAAUAUUUAUUUUAGGCUCUGUUUCAAUGUGAUAUGUAAUUUAUAAUAUAUUUAGAAUACAUGUUAAAAUAACUAAAAGGCAGCUGUACAAUGGGGCAAAUAUAAGUCUCCCAUUUUGAGAAAACACUAUGCAUCGUUAUGCUUAAUUUAAAUUUAAUAUUUAUGUAUACAAACUUAACCUUCUUGUGUGAUCAUUUAAUAUCAUUUAAAUGUUCUCUUCGUUUUUAUUUUGUGAUAUUUUUUCUAGUUCAAUAUGAUUUAUACUGUUCGUCAUUAGAUUUAAAACUUAAAUUUUGUUUAAAAGUCUCAAAUCGUUUUAUUAUGAGUUCUGAUUCUUCUGAUCCUUUCUCAUCCAUUAAUCUUCCUCUUUACUUUGAUUUUUCUCAAUACCAAGUUUUGCUUGUCUCAUUCAUGCCUCCCAUCCCAAAUCCUUCGAAAUUAGUAGUUCUUCUUUCUUUUUGUUAUUAACACUCUUAAUUUCAUCUAAAUUGCUAUUGUACAGUGCCUACGUCACAGUUCCAGGCAGAGAACUUGAUUCCCGACAACUCCGGAUGAAUUCAAUCAUUUAUUUACUCGUAAUUUUGUUGUUUCCUAAAUGCAUAUAUUUAUCUAU